CUCGAGGGCGAAAGAAAGAAAAAGAAAAAAAAACUGGGUUUGUCACUGCGGCGGAAUUGCCCUUUAACGCCUCCACCAAUAGGAUCCUCCCAAGCAGCAGUCGGAACGUCCAGGGACCAAUCAGAGCGCAGCAUUCUCUGCCUGGCUCCGCUCGUACUCACUAGAUAUAUUUUUUCUCCUCCCUCUCAGCGGUAGAACCAGCUCGACUUCUCACGGAGUAAAGUUACAUUGUGAACCAGCACGAAAACCUUGUGUAAUGCUGUGUCUUUUUUUAAAAUAUACCCAACACCGCUUUGACCUCCGCCGGUGAUCGAAAACAUCGAGGUGGAUAUAAAAGAGCUGCUGGUUCAGCUGGUUUUUUUUUUGUUCGUGUGUGUGUGUUUUUUUUUUCUCCUUGGAUUUCGUCAGUUUCACAGACUGGUAGAAACGAUGGAUAAGCGACAUGGCCGGCAGCGGAGUGCGGCGGGCCUUGAGCCUGCUGUCCGACACCAGGGCUGAGGAGCUGCAGAGGUGUGAGGAGUCUCCGAAGGACACAUCACCCUCCUGACCUUCCUCAGCAUCCCCUCAGCUAUUUUUCUCACAGUCAUCCUCAUCAUCUGCUCUGUCAGUGUGCAACCAAAUCUUGACCUGAGCUUUGCUGAAAUUUAAGAGGUAGCUGCAUCCACAUCUGAUUCCAGCCGCCUCCUCAGUUGCCCCUGGAAAUAGUUUUAUGACCUCUGACUCUGAACCAUGAGGAACACCAGAUCGAGCCUGCUGCUGGGCUGCAUGCUCCUCUGCUCCGCCUCCCUGAUCUACCUGGGCAUGAGCGGGAUGGAUUGCCCUCCAAAAAGCCAUCGGUACCGGUGGAUGGAGCUCAACAUGGGCUUGGCCAAUCAGAGCUCAACCCUGAAUGAACGUUUCCCUGAGGACACGCCCCUCAUCUUCAUCGGAGGCUUCCCCAGGAGCGGCACCACGCUGAUGCGCGUCAUGCUGGAUGCCCACAAUGCUGUGCGGUGCGGGGAAGAGACCCGAGUGAUUCCCCGCCUCCUGGCCAUGCGGGCCACCUGGAGCCGCUCGGUGAAGGAGAGGAUACGACUGGACGAGGCCGGUGUCACUGACCAGGUGUUGGACUCAGCCGUUCGGGCGUUCCUGUUGGAGGUGAUAGUCGGCCACGGGGAGCCUGCACCUCGCCUCUGCAACAAGGACCCGUUCGCCUUGAAGUCUCUCUCAUAUCUGUCCCGCAUUUUCCCUAAAGCCAAAUUUGUGCUCAUGCUACGAGAUGGACGGGCAACAGUCCAUUCCAUGAUAUCACGCAAGGUCACCAUCUCUGGCUUUGACCUGACCAGCUACAGGGACUGUCUGACCAAAUGGAGCAGCGCGGUGGAGACCAUGUUCAGCCAGUGCCAGGCCGCCGGGGAGUCCAGAUGUAUGCCCGUCCGUUACGAGCAGCUGGUUCUCCACGCAGAGGAGGAAAUGAGGAAAUUGCUUCACUUCCUGGAGCUGCAGUGGGACCCGUCAGUGAUGCACCAUGAAGAGCUGAUUGGAAAGGCCGGUGGCGUGUCUCUGUCCAAGGUUGAGCGCUCCACCGACCAGGUGAUGAAGCCGGUGAACACAGAAGCCCUCUCGAAGUGGGUCGGUCACAUUCCCUCUGACGUGAUAAGCGACAUGGCUGAAAUCGCCCCAAUGCUGGCUCGUCUGGGCUACGACCCCCACGCCAACCCGCCCGACUACACAAAAUCAGAGCACGUGGUGUCUCCGUUAAACUACUCACAGAAAUCAGCAGACACUCCACACCCCAGUUAAACGAAAGAGGAAAAUCACUCGGCUUUGGUGCUCCACCAUAUUGAUGCACCUUAAAGAGAAUUUGUGAGGCGUGUCCCAAGUUUAUUUUUGGAUUGUUUGUAAGACUAAUGUGCAGUGUUAAUGUCUGAACACGAUAGAGAGACUCAUCAAGUGGUUUGGGUUUUAUAUCUAAUGUGUACUACCUGCUUGAAGAGGUUUCUCCAACAUUUCCUCCAAGGUGAAGCCACGGUAUUACACUGCACUUUCACGCUUCCUCUCACCUUGUACCUGAAAGUAUUUCUAUAUGUCUGUAAAGUUGUAUGAUUCACCACUAAUGUGACUGUGACUUUAGACUAAUCUUUCACUUACUGAGAGUUCAGUCAGUGUUCAUGAAGCAUAAUGACUGUAUAUUUUUGAAGACGUAUUUUUAUUUUCAUAAUAAAUUAUUUUGGUGUUGACCAUCCAUUCAGGAAUUUAAAGUUGUUUAUUCUGAAUCGAGGGUUUUUUAAUCGGUGUAUAUUGUUGAUCAUGAAUAAAAAGAGUCUAAAUGUCUCUUUAUGUAUCUAAUGUGGUCAAUGUAUUUUGUUUAGUUACCCACCUUGCUCAAUCACACUGCUGUAGGUGCAUUUAUAUUUGACAUACAGAUGAGCCUCUAAGGGUGCAAAGACGUUUUUAUUUUUGCAGAGUAGACAAAAAUAGUUUGACGUAAACAGUCACACUUCAGUUUUGAUGGUUUAGUAGAAAUAAUGUCCAAAGUUACAUGUAGUCAAACUUGCUUUUCUAAUUUUGAUUUCCAUGUGACAAAUACAUUGUGAGAUAGAGUGGGUUACCCAGUGAUAAAGAGAAAAAUAUAAAAUCAAAUUAAAGUUAUAUGCCCAUAGGAUUAGACCAUGAAAAAGAGCUACAUCUGAUGCAAAGUUCAACAUUGGACAGAGGUAAGUCAGUGCAGCUAUACUCUGACAUUGAGGGCCAACAUACAUCUGACUGCUGCUGUGAUAAACCGUUACAGUUACAAAUAUUCAAAAUGAAGCACAUGGAGCUGCAUGGUCUGCUUAAUGUAUCAACAGAACAGGUCAAACACAUAGACAUUUCUAAAAUCUUUUGAAAUGUUUGUUUAAAAACCGGUCAA